GACCAGUUCAACCCACAGUAGGGUCAGAAACCAGCAAAGACACUGCAGCACCUCCUCCAUUCCAACACCUCAAUCACUGGUCACACCUCAUCACUUAGAGACUGCCACCCAUGUGCCCCAGGCAGGAUCUGAUGCCCAAAGCUGAUGUGGCACCUCCAUGAGCCCCUGCUAGGUGUGCUCACAGCAGGGAAAGGGUUAGAGCAGACAGGCUGCCCUCUACCUAAUAUAAGGAAGGAGCAAACUGCACUGAUGGAAUAAGAACAGGAGUAAUUCUCACAUAGGAGGACCACAUCCCGUCCCAAAUGCAGCUCAGGUUUUGUUCUCAGGACCAUUGUGACAAGGAGUUACUUCUAUCAUUCACUCCUGUGCAAAAGUUCCUCCUAUUUGCUCUUUGGAUAGUUGGCUAUUCCAUCUACAAAGCUGUGAUGAGAGAUGAUGGUCAGAUUAGCACCCAGAACUGACUCUGAAAUGGUCCCCACAGACUCAGUCAGCCAGCGGGAUAGAGAUAGACGUGUUCUGUGAAAGGAGGAUUUUUGGAUUUUGUUUUCUAUUUAAGCUUGCACAGAUCACAAACAUCUUUUCUAGCAAACAAUUUGCUUUGACAGCCAAAGAAAGUUUUAUAUAUAAAUGUACACUGAGAAGAAUGACUUCUUACUAUACUUUGCACAUUAAAAGCUGAGUAUUGAAUACAUUUUCACCCAUCAGUAUGGAGCAAAAAUUUGGUUUUUCUUCUAUUCUCUGUGAUUAGAUCUAUCCCACUGAUCAUGAGCUUACUGAAACUUAAUCACAGGUUUAAGGUAUCUAAUUAUCAUGUUUGCAACACCAAAAAGCUAUGUAAGAAGGUAUGGCCCUUUAAGACAGGAAGUCGGUUUAGAAUGAAUAAGGGGGUUCUAGAGAUGUGGGGUGGAGGGCUCAGGAACAGGUUUUAGGGCUCCACAGAGAUGGACUACAUCCUGGAAGAAGGUACUGUCAUGGACUAGUGAGGCAACACAGGCACAGGGAAGGUUUCCUCUGGACGAAGUGGCUGAGGAUUGUGGUUCUGAGGACACGGAGUUCCUGCUGGGAGUUGAACAGUCCACCAUGUCUGCAGGACACUCAGAAUGAUGACCAGUCACCUGGAGGCCAGGAGAGGAGUGGAGGCGAGCCCCACAGAAGACUCAGGCCCAACAUGCAGGGCUGGCUUAGAGGACACCACAGCCAGGGGCCCCAGAGUGGACUGCAGGGUCAAGCAGAUGCUGCAGCAAUUUCAGCACCAGGUUUUUGAUCUUCGAGGUGAGCUCCGGAAACAGGUGGCUCAAUGGUCUGUCGCUCAUACCAAACUCCAGAACCAGAUAGAUGCUUUGACAAAGCAGAACCUGGCACUACGAGAGGAGCUAAGGGCUUGGGGACUGCAAGAUCCCACAGACACAGAGAAGCCUGCAGCCUCGCUUCCCACACCCUGCGGAUCACGUGUGCUGGGUGUGCACAGGUCUUCCCGAGUUCUGUCAGAAGCCAGUGGCAGGAAAUCACCAGCAUCAGCCUCUAGCGUCCUGCUGCAGAAGGCACCAGCCUUCAAGAAGGACACAUGUUCUUUGGUCCCACAGAGCUCUAAGUCCAGGCUUCUUCACCAGGACCGAGCCAGGCAGUACCUUUGCUCCUCGCUAAACAAUGAGGAGCAGCAAAACCUUCCCACAAAGCCAGAAUCUUCCCAACAAGCAGUGUGCCUCCUGGAUAGCACCAUAGAGAAGAUGGGAAUUCAGGAAAAACAACACACAGAUGGCAAGGUAGAGCACGUACUCAGCGAUGGUCGCGUGAUUGUCACCUUCCCCAAUGGCACCAGGAAGGAGACCAGUGCCGACAAGAAGACAACCAUCAUCAAGUUUUAUAAUGGUGAUGUGAAGAAGAUCAAGUCUGAUCAGCGAGUGAUUUAUUACUUCUCGGAUGCUCAGACAACAUACACGACCUACCCGAAUGGUGUGGAAACCGUGCAGUUUCCUAAUAAGCAUAUUGAAAAAUACUACCCUGAUGGCUCCAAAGAAACUGUGUUUCCAGAUGGAACAGUUACCAGGCUCAACCAUGGAUGUGAGGAGACUGUGUUUCCUGAUGGGACAAUCCUACACAUUAAAAGGAAUGGCGACAAAACCAUCGUGUUCAGUAAUGGGCAGAAAGAAAUCCAAACGACCCAGUUCAAGAGGAGGGAAUUUCCUGAUGGUACCACCAAGACUGUGUAUUGCAAUGGCUGCCAGGAGACCAAGUACAGUUCAGGGAGGGUCAAGGUCAAAGACCAGACUGGAAAAGUCAUCCUGGAUCAGAAGCAGAAAUAAAACACCCCUUGUACUCGUUCAUGAAACUUCAGUGACAGCUUUUGCAAAGACGGAGACAAAAACUAAUACAUUAGUUGCCCCCAUGUGAUCUUGGAAAGCCCCAAACCUUUGGCGUCUUUAGCCACUAGAAAUUGUAAGGAAAAGUCUGUGUAGGGAACGUGAUCAGAGUAGCACUAGGUAUAUGAAAGGCUCACAAAAUCUUGUCUUCUAGGGCCUUACACUCUACCACUUGAGAUCACUGAUGUGGGAAAAAAGCCAAUCUCAGCUGCCUGCUUCUAGGAAGCAUUUGUAAACCAGGCUGAGUCUUUUUGGCUCUGGUCUGCCCAUACCUCAGCAUCAUCCAGGUUCAACCUGACCUAUUUCUGCCGUGAUCCUCCCUCUAUCCACACCCAUGCGCUUUCUCAGCCCAAUAGUCAUGACCAGUGACCCAGGGAGUCUAACUUAGGAUUUGAAGAAUGUAGGUAUUGUGGCUGCUGCCCAGAAAGCAAACCAUUUCCUGAAAUUCCUGACUUUUUCUGAAGUUCUUGAUUUUUUAAUUCCACUGUCAACACAAUGACCAGCUAUUUCUUUUGUUUUGCAGGCUGUAUAGAAAAUACAAAAAGCACAUUACCUUUCACCAAGAUUUUAUACUUAAAACAAAUUUAUACUAAAGUAUAGAAUACUAAAAAGAUAAAAAAGGAAUAAUUCUUAAAAACCUUCUAAGAUGUAUGUUUAUUUGAUUUUUGAAAAUAUUUUUAUGUGAAGCACAUAAAACACUAGUGCCAGUGAUUAUUCUUACCCUAAUGUAUGUUGUACCUACAUUAUUGUCCUCAGUAUUUUGGUAUUACUGUUUAAAUAGCUCAAGACUAAUGCACUGUCUUGCCUUUGACGGGAAAAGAAAGAAUUUUACUAUAAUUACCCUGAAGGAAAGCCUGGUCUUUCAAGAUAAAUGUACUAAAGCAAGGACAUUGUCAGACAUAAGUGGCCAUGACUGAAAACCCACUCUAAGUUCAGCUGGAAAAAAAAAUAGACUUGCUUAUUGCUAUGAAUCUUAAAAUCAUCUUAUAUAAAAAUUAUCAUUAAAGCAACCAAAGUAUAUUCCACUGAAAUCUGACUUCUAAUUGUCUGUUGGAGGUCAGAGGAAGAAGCCAAAGUACAAGUAAGCCACAUUCCGUACGAUGCCUUGCCUGGCAUUGUGUGUAAUGUGCAGUGCCUGUCUAUAGUAAUGAGGUAUGCAACAUCUUCAUUGAAACAAGAUGGCCUCAGUACACGCGUAUGCUGGAGGCCCUGUUUGGACAUGAAUUCUGGCACGUUAGAAACCAGCUUACUUUAGUUUUUACACUCUCCUACAAUCAUUGCACCGACAGUCUGAUCACACAAUUUUACUUUGGUGCUACAAUUUGGACCUUAAAUGAUCCAAAGGCCUUUGUGGUUAAAAACUUGGAAAUGGUGUUAAUGGGAAGUGUAGCCUGGGAGGCAGCAGCUGGUGAGAGGUCCGUGGGUCAGGGGAAUGUGCCUUGAAGGGGACAGUGGGACCCCAAAGCUGCUUCUUCCUCCUUCCUGAACACAAGCUGAGUGGUUAUGCCAUGUGUCAUCAGCAUGAUGUGCACCCCAUCACUGUCUUAUCACCACCUCCAGAGGAAAGGACCAAGCAACUACAGACUGAAACUUCUCCAACUAUGGACCAACACAAACCUUUCUCUUUGUAAGCUGAUUAUCUCAGGUGUCCCUUAGCCUGUUGGAAAGCAGACUUAUACAUCUAGAAUCUGUAGGGAACUGGGUUCAGGACUUCCCUCAGAUACCAGAGUCCAUAGAUGCCACAUUCUUUAGAAAAUAUCACUGUAUUUACAUAUUAUCUAAGUACAUUCUCCAUAUACUUUCAAUCAUCACCUGUAAGACCUGUAAGACGAUGUAAGUGCUGUGGAAAUAGUUGUCAAUAUUGCUGAGGGAAUGAUAACAAGGAAAAGUCUUUAUGUAUUCAAUAGAGAUAAAAAAUUUUUUAAAAUA